AUGUCUCAGGCAUACGCUCUCUACCUUGUCUCCUCCACCAUUGAACCAGAUCUCCUCAUCUUCAUCUCUUCCCUCAGUUCGUCUCCGCUUCUUCCAUGGACGCCACCGACCUUGAAAUUUCCUCUCAUCCUUGCGUCUCUCAGGCUGCAUUCUCCUUCUUUUGCUCUAUUCUAUUGCCUCUACGGCUUCCGAGCUCCCAAUUUUGCUGCUUCAGGACGGAAUAUCCGUUUCGUCUUUGAGCUAACGGUUUGUUUGGCUGCCGAGAAAAUUUUGAGAAAUUAUAAGCGUAAACGGAGGUGGAGCUGGGAAUCGUGUAAUUAUGGACUUAUCGCAUGCCCUACGCGGCUAAAAGUCGAAGGUGAUUUUGUUUCCGAGACGCGUACUUGGGCUCUCAAAUCAGCAUUGGGGUAUGACACCCUUUCCGUCAAUGGGAGGGUGCCUUCCUUACGUAGGCAAUGGACUAGAUCUUGGAAACUCAUAGCCAAUGUAGGAUUCAGAGUAUACACAAGGCUUCCUCCAAAGUAUCCGAAGUCUCCUCAACAAAUUGCCAAUAUACCAUUUAGGGGCAAUGGAUGGGGUCGCUCCAAUACAUUUUGCAACGACCCAAAGCCUUCUCCAAAAGUUCUAGGUCAAGUUGACAUUUGGAUUCGCAGGCUUUGCUUGAUACUUAAGUACUCUGGAUUUCCUUAUCACAUUGCCAAGUGGCCCCCUAACUCUGGUGAUUUCCUUGUUCUUUCUGCAGAGGUUAGAACAGCUAUUUUCCUCAUGGAAGAUUUGAGAUCCCAGAGUCCUAUUUAG